AUGUCGGCCGCUGCCCCACGCGCCCUCCUGGUCCUGCUGGUGGCCGCCUGUGCCACCGGCGCCUGGUCCGCUAGCGAUGUGCUGUGCCAGACUUACGUGGUGCAGCAAGGCGACUCGCUCUGGUCCAUCAGCCAGCGCUUUGGCCUGCAAAUGGACGAGCUGACCGCGGCGCUGGAGUCUUGCGUCGGCUACUCAGGCAUCCUGUCAAUCGGCCAGAAAGUGUGCCUGUCCGGUUACAUCCCUGCCUGCGACUAUGUCGUUGACUCAGGCGGUGUGGCCAACUGCAAGGCGUACCAGAUCCAGACCGGCGACACUCUGGCCUUCAUUGCGAGCACCUUUGGCAUUUACCUGCAGGACCUGGUGACCCUGAACCAGGAGUCCUCUGGCGGCGUGCUGCGCCCCGGCACCUUUGUCAAGCUGCCUCCCUGGACCUCGGUCUGCCCAGACCCCGACUCCGAUGCCCCCUCCUGCCGCGUCUACGGCGUGCAAGCCGGCGAUUUCGCCUUUGGCAUCGCCAGCGUCUUCAGGGUCACACUGCAGGCACUGCUGGAUGUCAACCCCGGGCUGCAGCAGGGAACGGUGCUGCAGGCUGGCCAGCGCAUCCGUGUUCCCCCCUUCCCGACCGAGUGCGGCAAUGGCUUGCUGUCCACCCCGCCCACCACUGGCGUCUUCAGCUGCCGCGCCUACAGGGUCAAGACCGGCGACAGCCUGGCCUCCAUCGCACUCCUGUUUGAGACCACCACCGCCUCGUUGGUCUCUGUCAACCCCGAGCUGGCUAACCCCAGCCUGCUGACCCCCGGCUACAUCGUCAAGAUUGCGCCGUUCCCCGCUGAGUGCAUCAACGGCAUCCUCAUUGACCCCAGCGGCAACGCCCCUGCCACCCCGUCCGGCCCCAUUACUGCCUACUCGCCCUCCCCUGCUACGCCAACACCUUCACCCUCGCCUGUCGUCACCUCUCCCUCCCCGGUGGUUGCCAGCCCAUCGCCCGUGGUUGCCAGCCCAUCGCCUUCACCUGUGGUCCCCUCGCCUUCACCCUCCCCCGUCGCUGCAGCCCCCAGCACCGGCAUCAAGGCCACGAUGACGCUGUCGGGCAUCAGCAGCACCUCCUUUGCAGCCUCCAAGUCAACCGGGCUGGCUUCCACCAUCGCCAACCUGCUGGGGGUGCCCAGCAGCUGGGUCAGCGUCAGCGCGGUUGAGGCGGCCCGCCGCCGCCUGCAGGCCGCCAACACCACCGUCGUCACUGUGACUGUGCCCACCCAGACGCCUGCUGCCGCCGCCACCAAGCUGCAGUCGGCCGCAAGCAGCGGUAGCCUGGCGGUGCUGCUGUCCCAGCUGGGCGUCACCAUGGCCCCCAACUCCCUCACCAUCACCACAUACGGCAUCGUCGCUGCCUCCCCGUCUCCCGCUCCAUCCCCCUCUCCCGUCGCGGCCUCCCCCGCCCCAAGCCCUAGCAGUGUUGCACCCCCAAGCGCCUCCACCUCCAGCAGCGGCAGUAGCAACGUGGGCGCCAUCGUUGGUGGCGUGGUGGGCGGCGUGGCCGGUGUGUGCUUGAUCGCCGCGGUGGCCUGGCUGGUCAUCCGCAGGCACCGUGCUGCUGCCGGUGGCGGCGGCACCCUGGGGAGCGCCCACUCUGGCGGCGUCACCGCCAGCGUGACGACUACUGGGCCCAGCAUGACGAUCAAGACCCGCACCGCGCACCUGACAGACAAUCAGGCGUACAGCUCCAGUCCCCGCAACUCUGUCACGCCCCGCACCCGCGUCGGCAACAUGGCCUGA